AUGCAGCACGACAAUGCGAAGCGGCGUGCGGACCGCAGGGUUAGCCUUACGAGAAGAUUGAGAUCCGCCAGCCUGAUGUCUUCCAACCCUGUACCAGAGCCGUCCAAUAAUGGCGAAGACGACGACGGCAACGACGAUGCCCAGCUCGAUCUCACAGCACCCCCAAGAGGGAAUAUUUCCAGAGAGGCACAGAUGCAGUAUAUGCAACGGUCGAUUUUCUCAAUGAUUGCCGCUGUCGGCUCGAGAUCCGAUUUCCAUGCCCGCUUCGACGAGUCGAGUGAAAGUGAUGGGGAUACGGAAGACCAGCCCGCAAAAAAGGUGCCUUUUCUAGAGACCGGAUCGCCUUCAUCGACCGCCGCUUCGUCGUCAAAGAGUGUUUAUUAUGACCCCCCAGCCCGUCAGAGGCAUCUGACACGCAGUGUCUUUGAGGACAGAGGCCGUAGCUUUCGGAGGAACAUGUUGGACCAGAAAUCCCUAAGGCCACUCCUGGAGCUUGACCGGCGUUCCAGCAAGGGGGGAGAUGGAGCUCCCCCUGCCGACGUGCAGAAAGCAGAGUCACCACAAAGCCGGAAUCGCAGUCUAACGCCACGGGCACCGAUUCUCAGCCAGAUGGUCGAAGCACAAGCUCGCUUUGACACCGCCAAGUCCUCCAACACACGAUCCGCACUUCCCAAAUUAGAAUAUCAUGAAACAGAUGGACCACCCCGACCGACUACACCGUCACUGUCGUUAAGGUUGAUGGAAAUGUUUGACUUCGAGAAGCCAGAAAAAGUCCUUGUCGAAUAUGCCUGCUCGCUGUUACAAAGUAUGAUGUUGCAUGGAUACAUGUACGUCACCGAGGGACAUGUCUGUUUCUAUGCGUAUCUUCCAAGAAAGUCGAGCGUGGCGAUGAAAACGGGCUACCUCUCCAAGCGCGGCCGGAAAAAUCCCAAAUACAACCGGUAUUGGUUCUCGCUGAAGGGUGACGUCUUAUCAUACUACGCAGACCCUUCCAAUUUAUAUUUUCCAAGUGGGCAUGUCGACCUUCGCUACGGGAUAUCUGCGUCGCUGGUAGAACCCAAAGGCAAAGGAAAAGAAACACGGGAUUUUCAAGUGACUACAGACCAGCGGAUAUACUACUUCAGAGCAGAGAGCUCGUCAAAUGCACAAGAAUGGGUCAAAGCUCUGCAGAAAGUCAUAUUUCGCACUCGCAAUGACGGUGACAGCGUAAAAGUGUCAUUCCCUAUCGAGAAUAUUAUCGAUAUCGAGGAGAGCCCCAUGGUUGAUUUUGCAGGAACAAUCAAGAUCAGGGUUGUCGAAGCCGGUGAAACAUACGCUUUAGAUGAAUAUUUCUUCACGUUUUUCAAUUCCGGAAACGAUGCCUUUGAUUUUUUGAAGAGCCUAAUCAACGACGUUCCGAGUCAGCUUACCUCUCACAGUCACGAAAAGUCAGACUCCGAGUCCACCGAUCGUUUCCGUGACUCUCAGGGUCAAGGGGUAUCGGCCAGCCGAGUUUCUCGCCAGACAGGCCACAAUUGGGCUGAAGCUUCCCGUCGUAGGAGCGUUAGUACGAGUCAGCUGGCGCCCGGCCACCAUGCAUCAGGAACUCUCCAUGCUUUCCGGCGUUCCAGCUCUAUAGACUCCUUGGAGAACUCUGUAGAGCAAGGAGCCGAAUCCUUGGCAGUUGUGCAUUCCAUGACAGACACAGCAGAAUCUGCAAGCCGGAUUCUCAACCGCAGCGAUGUCUUCCGAUCCCCCACAAUACAUAACCUCGCAAGAGGAACCUCAUACACAGACAUCGACCGUCGAAAUUCGGACGAUACGACUCGCACUGCGCCCGUUCAAGCCAAUGAGACGAGGGUUAAGAGGGGCUCUUUGCAGGGCAUUCCGUAUGCCACCAGUGAGUCUGAUCAAGAGAUCCAGGAUCCUGCAAAAGCCCAACCAUCCGCAUCCACUCUGAAUGAUCUAGUGAAAGUGGGUGCUGCGUAUCCGCUCCAGCGGGCUGCAGGCAUCGCGGGUUUUCUGAAGAGCCGGUCAAAGCAGAUGAGCAGUCUUCUAGCCACGGAGUCGAUGGGAUAUUUGGAGAAGGUCUCCGGAAUGUGGGCAGGUGGAGGAAGGCAUUACGGGGAGAUCACGGGACCCCUUUCAGAGGAUCGGGCUGUGGACUCUGAAGACAACGAAGCCGGUUGCAGAGACGGAGAUCGCUUUCGCGCUCAUUUUGCUCUUCCAUCUACCGAGAAACUUCAAGCGACGUAUUUUGCAUAUCUACAUCGCGUGCUCCCUCUUUAUGGAAAGAUCUAUAUUGGACAAAAGAAGCUAUGCUUCCGAAGCCUCCUCCCCGGCACGCGGACAAAGAUGAUACUUCCCAUCAAAGACAUUGAAAAUGUCGAAAAGGAGAAAGGAUUCCGAUUUGGGUACCACGGGCUAGUGGUCAUCAUUCGCGGCCACGAAGAGCUUUUCUUCGAGUUCAACGAUGCUGACACCCGUGACGACUGCGCUGUCACCCUGCAUCAACAUCUCGAGUCGACGAAAUUUCUCGUGGAAUCCGGCUUGCUUGCACAGCAAGAAAAAGAGGAGGCCGAGGCUGCGAGGGCUGAACAUCGUAUGCUUCAAGAAGCUCGACUCGGCGUUUCCGAAGGGAACAAUGACACGCUUUCAACAUUCAACGAAGAGUCUUGCUCUGAGCUACAUCCGAUCUUCGACGACCCCCGUGCAUCAAUCAUCAAUUUCAAGCCCACCGAGUCUCUUCGGAUCACAUGUCUUACGAUCGGUUCAAGAGGCGACGUGCAGCCGUACAUUGCGCUGUGCAAAGGCUUACUCGCGGAAGGCCAUCGACCCAAGAUCGCCACCCAUGCAGAAUUUGGCCCAUGGGUGAAGAAGCACGGUAUUGAUUUUGCCCCGGUGGAGGGCGAUCCAGCCGAGUUGAUGCGCAUUUGUGUGGAAAACGGCAUGUUUACCUAUUCAUUCCUCAAGGAAGCUUCCUCAAAGUUCCGUGGCUGGAUCGAUGAUCUGCUCACCUCAUCCUGGGCCGGCUGCCAGGAUAGCGAUCUUCUGAUCGAGUCUCCUAGCGCCAUGGCUGGCAUCCAUAUCGCUGAGGCGUUGAGAAUCCCGUACUUCCGGGCAUUCACGAUGCCAUGGACGAGAACCCGGGCUUAUCCACAUGCGUUUGCCGUUCCCGAACAUAAAAUGGGGGGUGCCUACAAUUAUAUUACAUAUGUAAUGUUCGACACUGUCUUCUGGAAGGCAAUUGCGGGCCAGGUCAACCGAUGGCGAAACAACGACCUGGGCUUGAAGGCCACGACUUUGGACAAGAUGCAGCCGAACAAAGUACCAUUCCUCUAUAACUACUCACCCUCGGUGGUUCCCCCACCUCUGGACUACCCAGAUUGGAUCCGGAUUACAGGCUACUGGUUUCUCAACGAGGGGUCAGACUGGGUUCCUCCAGCAGAGCUGACUGAGUUCAUCCGACGAGCCCGUGCAGAUUGCAAGAAGAUCGUAUACAUUGGGUUCGGGUCCAUCGUGGUCUCUGAUCCCGCUGCUCUUACACAGACCGUUGUCGAUUCGGUACAAAAAGCCGAUGUCCGGUGUAUUCUCUCUAAAGGCUGGUCAGAUCGUCUUGGGGAUCCGGCAAACACCAAGGCCGAGGUGCCUCUGCCUCCCGGGAUCCUUCAAAUUCAAUCGGCUCCCCACGACUGGCUCUUCUCGCAGAUCGAUGCUGCCGCCCACCAUGGAGGUGCGGGGACCACAGGAGCUAGUCUACGAGCGGGUAUCCCGACCAUCGUCAAGCCGUUCUUUGGUGAUCAGUUCUUUUUCGGCUCCCGAGUCGAGGACUUGGGUGUCGGUAUCUGUAUGAAGAGAUUGAAUGUCGGCGUCUUCUCAAAGGCCUUGUGGGAGGCUACACAUAGCGAACGGAUCAUCACCAAGGCUCGAGAUCUUGGUGUCCAGAUCCGCAGCGAGGACGGCGUUGCAACGGCCAUUCAAGCCCUUUAUCGUGACCUCGAAUAUGCGAAAACACUUGCCCGUCAACGUUCCAUUGCCUCCGCGACUCCCUUCUCGCCCACCCCAACUACUACGGUAGCGGAACAAGAGACCAGCGGCGACGACCUAGCCGAUAUUGAAGAGUGGACGUUUGUUGACGACGAUGCAGACGCGGAUCUCGCCAGAAAGGUGCGAGACAGGGGCGCCCCUGACUUGAAGCCCACGGCCAGUCAGCCUUAA